UCAAACAAUCAACAAACAGUAAUCAUCAUGAACACUAAAGUAAUUUUCUUCAUUGUAGCAGUAGCUUUAUGUAUGGCUAAAGUGUCUGCAAAAGCAAGUUUAGCAGCUGCAGUACCUGCCUUACCUUAUGCAGUGGCGCCGUAUGCAACAUCUUAUAAUGCACAUGCAAUUAAUCAUGCAAUUGCUGCUCCAGUGGCCGCACCUUUAGUAGCUGCCCCAGCACCAGUUGUAGCCGCAGCACCAGCGCCAGUUGUAGCACCAGCUCCAUAUUCACCAUACUAUGCUCCAGGACCAUUCGUUGCACCUGCUCGUUUAGCAGCAGCUCCAUCGCCGUUCUUACCUUAUGCCGCCGCAUAUCCAGCACCAGCUUAUCUUGGAUAAAAAUAUCUUACUUUUUUUUACCUGUAUAUAGUUAUACUCUUUAAAUAAAAGAUGUUACAAAAUA